AUGCUUCUCCCCGCCAAGCCCGUCUCUUUUUCCCUUGAUGUGAUGACUGUGACUCUUUUGCAUAACAUUGGCAUCUUCUCUGUCGCUCGCAAGCUCGUGAUCAAUGCCAAGCCCUACAAGCACCGUAGGGCCCUGCUAUUCGUCAACGUAAACCAGCCGGGGAUACCAGGUGCUGCGCCUGCGCGGAGGGCGGCCCGGUCGCAUGCCGCGAGAUCGGGACACGCCAGAACGAGACGGCAGCGCAUGCGCGAAUACCAGGACCGGACCACACGGACGACACAGGGCCUAUCGGAGCUCACUGUACACCAAGAGGCUCCGAUCGUCGUCUCUCAAGUACCGCUGCACAGGCUAGAACGCGCUGGCCUCGUCGGUACUGCGCUUCCCACCCGCGAGGACGCGUUUGAUUCAUCCUGUCGAACACUGUCGUCCUUUGAGCAUCGUCUAUUCGAUCACUACAUUCGCUUUGCCGUACCAUUCAAGGCGCGCCACAGCCAGCAGUUUACAACUCCCGAGUUAUUCCAGCAUAGUAUCUCGACGCUAUGGGUUCCCACAGCCAUUGCGGACCUGGGUCUGCUCAGCGGUGUCUUGCUCUAUGCCUGCCGCAGUCUUCACAUGCUGACAAAUGAUCGACGGUACUAUGAGCUUGCGCUCCACUAUAAGCUAGAAUGCCUGAGGCUGCUGCAAGAAGGCAUUUCUUUAGCCACCAUGGACGACCCUACCAUGGACAUAAUUAUAUCCAGGGCCCUCCAAUUAGCUUCUGAUGAGGUUCGGCAUGAUUUCCCCCACCACUCUGUGGUUACCAGACUACUGACGUUGCAAACAUAG